AUGCCUUCAGCACCAUAUUAUCGGCAUGACGAUCCUACCGGUUCUGCUCUCAAUAACGUAGCAGCUGAGCCGGCAACCUAUGACGAGCUAAUCAACAAGCCGCGUGUCUUUACUUACAAGCCAUCUUAUGGCUCUUCUUCUUACAGGCAGCAGGGCAUCACCCAUCCAGCUCCGGUGUACUACGCAAAUCAACCUCAACCUCAAGCUCCUAUGGGCUACUACGUGAACCAAGCCCCUUCACAUCCCUCCUACUACUGCUACACGUCUUCCUACUCUCCUCCGAAUCAAUCCUUUUAUUCGCUUCACCAAGCUGCUUAUGCGGCAUCCCCUGAUACUCCGAUGGGAUACUAUUACUCACAACCAUCCAACAUCUACCAGACAAACCAAUACGUGCCUCACGCUUCUACGCCCCAUGCUCCAGCCGGUUAUUACUACCCCUCUCAAGUUGCUGCCGGCGCCCAAUACCCCGGCUAUCCGUAUCCAGCCCAAGCUUCCGGCUCCACAACACUACCAGAUGGCACGACUCUAUUCCUCGGCAAAACUAAAGAGCAAGUCAUGUGGGAGAAUCAACAGAUCGCGAACAACACCGGAGCAAAUGAUCCAAUCCAGAUGGUUCCGUACAGGGCGGCACCGGGUCAGCAGUUCUGGUGCAGGGAAUUGGACGGCAGUUGGACCUUGAGAACUGUGCAGGAGACGAUGGUGGAACUGCAGCCGGGCUAUUGGGAUAAGGGACAAUCUGGCCAUGCGGUAUUCAUCAGGCAGAAACCUUGA